UGAAGUUUAAGGGUGUUUUUUUUUAUUCCAGCCACUGAGAUUAGGAGACAGUGCCCAAUCCACACACUCAAGAGCGUGAGCUGAAAAGAUGACAAAAGAAACAGAGGGGAAAGAUCCCCUCCUCUAUUACUACUGCAUCAAAUUUGCUCUCUCUGCCUAUUCCACUCUGUUUUCGAUAAUCGGCUUGGUGAUCCUGUGCAUUGGCAUCUAUGCAGAAGUGGAAAGACAGAAACACAGAACCUUGGAAGGGAUCUUCCUAGCUCCAGCUGUGGUUCUCCUUCUGCUGGGCAUCACAAUGUUUGCUGUUUCCUUUAUUGGAAUGGUUGGGUCCCUCAGAGACAACAGGACACUGCUGAAGACGUUUUUCUGGGUUCUUCUGGUGAUCUUCAUCACUGAGGUGCUGUUGAUAUUCAUUGAAAUAAUCUUCGAAAACAAGGAGUUGCAGAUGCCAUUUGUUGUGUGAUAGGCUUCCAGUUCCUCCUUCUGGGUUGGUAUCGUGGACGGAUUAUCUCUGCAUUAGGCCAUCAUAUUCCAAACAAGCAGGCCGAGUCACCUGAAGUUAGAGCUGUGGGGCCUGAUUCUUCAUUGACUUGCAACUUAUGUUGUCCUGUAUACCUGGGGACAAUGGGUGUAAAAUGCUUCCAGUUGCAUGACGGAGUAGAGCGCUCUCAUUGUGGUGUACAACCGUAAAUGACAGCACGAGGGGUCAGGCCCUUCUUCUUAACUCUGAUUUCUUCUUCACGUAGUGUUCCUACAGGUGCUCCACUCUAGGUGUGCUAGUGCCCCCUGCGUCUUCAAUCAGAGAUUGCUCAUACCAGUGUCCAUUUGGCCUGCGCACGCGUGCUGGUCAGCCUUGUGCCCUGUGCCAUUGUUGUAUAGAAUCACUCUGUUUCUUCUCAACUGCCUCGGCCUGAGACUGAGCUCUGGCAACUGUCCCAUUUCCCCAACUUUUCCUCUUCUCUUAUUAAUAACACAUGCCCAACCGCCAGAGGAAGAGGAUGAUCAGCAGGAGGGAGAAAAGCUGCAAACAUUUCUUUAAAUGGAAUUGCAACCCUUCUGUUAAACUUGUGGCUUGAGUAAAACCAUUAGCAUCUUAAUCAUCCCUUAAUUUAAUUUAAUGGGCGAUAUAAAUAUUUAAUUAAAAAUCAAACAAUUGGUGAGAGAGAACAGAGAUUUAACAAGCGAUGAAUCUUCUUGACCUAUAAUUGUCACACUGCACAAAGCAAAUGUGAAUCUGCAUUUGGAAUAAACUACUAGGCAUUUAAUUAUGCCAAUUGAUAUGUAAAUGUGCUCAUGGAGUUGCAGAUGAUUUAAAUUAAAUACCUGCUUUUGCUGCCUUGUGCCAAUUGAAGUAGAGAGUUUAUGCAGCUAGAAUUAUUUAGCUCUCGGCCAUUUAGCCACUGUCUUAAAGUCUAGAUUUAAUUCAGGAUGCUGUAAAUGGAUGGUUCCACUGAUCUAGGGUAUAAGGUUCUUUCAAUUGGCAAAUAGUAUGUCUCCGUGGUGCCUACAAUAUAAAAUAUUCUGGUGCACGUAGCUUCUGGAAACAGCUAAACAUAGAAAUGGUCACAGACAGCCUCAUUAUGAGAAUGUGUCUUGCUUUAAAUUGCUUCAUCACACUAAACAAACAGUUACCUAAUUUAUAGGUGCAGUAAGUUCUUAGAGCACUCUUAAAAGUUUCUGGAUAGCCGGGGAGAAGACCAUUACUACCAUGGGCCUCAUUCUGACAUUGAAUCGCCAUCAGAGCCCAGGCCUUAGGAAGCAGGAGCGAUUUCUUCCCUGUGUGACCUUGAGCAAGUCUCUCUGUUCCUCAGUAUCUUUAUUGGAAAAAUAGGGAUAAAUCCUUCCCUACCUCAGAGGGGGGUGGCGAGGAUAAAUUCUUAAACGUUUGUGAAGUACUAUGGUGACAGGGUCGUGUACACAACAUACGUUACAAAGACCAGUGUCCCAACACCUGGCAGCUUUACAGGCAUUCUCAGGAUGUACUUUGCCUUCUUCCGGAUGAACACAAGUGGAAAAGACCUGCAUCUUUAUGCUGCCAGCAAAGAGAUGCAGCGUGUGCACUUGUGUCUGUUCUAAAAACAGUGUUGAUCAUCCCAUGAAGACAUCCAGGGAAGUACUGGACACACAAAACACACACAAUGAAAGCUGCUCAAUAUUAAGCCAAAAGAUCUGAUUUUUUUUUAAUUGAAAAACCUAAAAAACAAUUUUGGCAAUACAAAUCAAUUU